UGAAUUCUAAUACAGUUAUUGCAAUUCUCGUUUUGCUCAAGUUUCUGGGUUUUGUUCUUGGAUUCAAUUGAGGCUGAUGGGUCCCGCAAGAGGGUUAAAGAAAAGAAAGAAGAUAGAGAAGAAACAUGAAGAGAAUGCUUCUGGUUCUUCAGAGAAGGAAGGGUCUAUUGACUGGUGGGAUGAGCUUUCCAGGAAGAUGAAUGGUCUUCAAUCGCCAUCUAAGGGUCUGGAUAAGUUCAAAUCUGUUUUCAAAAUCUCCAGAGAAACCUUCAACUACAUCUGUUCACUUGUGAAGGAAGAUAUGAUGGCUAGGCCGGGAAGUUUUACAUUUUCAAAUGGUAAGCCCGUGUCUUUCGAGGAUCAAGUAGCUGUAGCUUUAAGAAGGCUAAGCUCCGGUGAAUCACUGGUGAUAGUUGGUGAUUCGUUCGGGUUGCACCACUCAACCGUCUCACAAAUAACGUGGCGCUUUGUGGAAGCCAUGGAAGAAAGGGGUCUUCACCACCUGCAGUGGCCUUCCACUGAAGCGGAAAUGACAGAAAUAAAGUCCAAAUUCGAAAAGAUUCAAGGUCUUCCCAAUUGCUGUGGUGUGAUUGACACUACUCACAUUAUGAUGUGUCUGCCUUCAUCAGACCCUGCAAGUAAAGGAUGGCUCGACCACGAGAAGAAUCACAGCAUGGUCUUGCAGGCUAUCGUGGACCCCGAAAUGAGGUUCAGGGACAUAGUCACUGGCUGGCCAGGUAAAACCGAAGACUGGUUGGUGUUUCAGAGUUCGAAUUUCUAUAAUCUGUGUGAUAAAGGGGAGAGAUUGAAUGGGGAAAAAUUUGUGCUCCCCGAAGGAUCCGGAAUAAGGGAAUACAUAAUUGGAGAUGUUGGCUAUCCUCUACUACCCUAUCUCGUUAUACCUUAUGAGGGGAAAGAACUGCUCGAAUUAAGAGCCGAAUUCAACAAAAGACAUUCCGCCACCCGGCUGGUGGCGCACAGGGCAUUGGCAAGGCUCAAGGAAAUGUGGAAGAUCAUCCAAGGGGUAAUGUGGAGACCUGACAAACAUAAGUUGCCUAGGAUUAUCCUUGUUUGCUGCAUGCUUCAUAACAUCGUUAUAGACUUGGAAGAUGACAUGCAGGAUGAAAUGCCCUUGUCUCACGACCAUGAUUUCGGUUACCGCCAAAGAAUUUGUGGAUCCGUUGACAUCAAGGGUGUUGAUCUGAGAGAUAAACUGUCUCUCUACUUGUCCGGGAAAUCACGAGAAUAA